AUGGUCAGUCUGCUGAAGCUGGCGACCAUUACAGAAGAGGGCGUCCGGUUCCUGAGCCCGCACGAUGGCUCGCCCAUGCUGCUCACGCCCGAGCACUCCAUGUCACUACAAAACUCGAUUGGCAGUGAUAUCAUGAUGCAGUUAGACGACGUCAUCGUCACGACGUCACCAGACAAGGAGCGCAUGCGCGAGGCCAUGCUCCGGAGCGUGCGCUGGCUCGACCGGUGCAUCGAGGCGCACAAGAACCCCGAGACGCAGAACCUCUUCUGCAUCAUCCAGGGCGGGCUGGACCUGGAGAUGCGUCGGGAGUGCUGCCGGGAGAUGGUCGCGCGCGACACGCCAGGCAUCGCCAUCGGGGGGCUCAGCGGCGGCGAGGCCAAAACCGACUUUUGCCGGGUGGUGGGCGCGUGCACGACGCUUCUGCCGGAGCUGAAGCCGCGGUACGUCAUGGGCAUCGGGUACCCGGAGGACCUGGUGGUCAGCGUGGCGCUGGGCGCGGACAUGUUCGACUGCGUGUGGCCGACGCGGACAGCGCGCUUCGGCAACGCCGUCACGCGGCAUGGCGUGCUCAACCUCCGCAACGCCAAGUUCGGGCGCGACUUUGGGCCGAUCGAGGAGGGCUGCGGGUGCGCGUGCUGCCGCGAGGGCGGGCUGGGCAUCACCAAGGCGUACAUUUACCACAACACGUCCAAGGAGACGGUGGCGGCGCACCUGUUGACGAUCCACAACGUGUGGUACCAGCUCAACCUGAUGCGCGAGGUGCGCGACGCGAUCCUGGAGGACCGGUUCCCGGCCUACAUACGGGAGUUCUUUGGCGGGCUGUAUGCGGACAAGAGCGACUAUCCGGAGUGGGCGGUGGAGAGCUUAAAGACUGUCAACGUAGACUUGCUGGCAGAUUAG